CGGCACGGCUCCGCCCGGCCCGGCUCGGGCCGCCUGCAUGCGGCGGCGGCGGCGGCGGGGCUGCCGGGAGGGAUGAACGGCUCCGGCGGGGCUCCCGGCGGGGAUGAGCGGCUCGCUGGGGGCUCCGGCGGGGAUGAACGGCUCUCUGGGAAUGCCGGCAGCACCGAACGGCUCCUCGGCGGCGGCGGCGGGGCUGCUGGCGGGGGCCGGGGGCGCGGCGCUGGAGCUGGAGCGGGCGCUGCGCUGCUGCACCGCCGCCUCCGUGGUGACCGACGGCAGCGGCGCGGCGGCGGACGAGCGCAGCCUGUACAUCAUGCGCGUGGUGCAGAUCGCCGUCAUGUGCGUGCUGGCCCUCACCGUGGUGUUCGGCAUCUUCUUCCUCGGCUGCAACCUCCUCAUCAAGUCCGAGGGCAUGAUCAACUUUCUGGUCAAGGAGCGCCGCCCGUCCAAGGAGGUGGAGGCGGUGGUGGUGGGGCCGUACUGACCGCGGCGCCGAGCCCGGGCUGCCCGCAGCGCUGACCGCCGGACUGACCGCCGGACUGACCGCCCGCAGCCCUCCCGCGGACACGCGGGGUCCGCUCGGAGCUUUUCCUCCUCAAAACCAUCAGGCGAACGGAUCCCGGCACGCCGGAGGUCGGGAGAUGCUCGGGGUGGCCGGAGCCGCCCAUCCCGGCCCGGCCCGGUCCGGCCCCGCCGCCCGCGGCUGCCGAAGUAAAGCGUGCUCUGAUGGCAA